AAAAAAAUUAAAAAACCUGACCAACCAACGCCAUCUUUAAGCUUCAGCUCUUUAUUAAUCCACAAAUGGGAGGCGUCACUCAGCCACUUAUUCUUGCCUGAAAUCUCAGAUCAAAAUCCUAAAAGAAAUGGUGGUGAAGGUGUACGGAACUGCUUAUGCUUCUCCGAAGCGAGUUCUCGCUUGCCUUAUUGAGAAGGGUAUUGAAUUUGAGGCUGUUCCUGUGGAUCUCAUCAAAGGAGAGCAUCGAAGCCCUGAGUAUCUCAAGUUACAGCCUUUCGGAGCACUUCCUGUAAUUCAAGAUGGAGAUUAUACUUUAUACGAAUCAAGAGCAAUCAUAAGGUAUUAUGCUGAAAAGUACAAGUCACAAGGCACUGAUUUGCUUGGAAAGAGCAUUGAAGAGAGGGGAUUAGUGGAGCAAUGGCUAGAGGUGGAGGCCCAAAACUUCCACCCUCAUAUUUACAACUUGACCCUUCACAUCUUAUUUGCCUCAGCUUUGGGUUUUCCUCCUGAUGAGAAGGUGAUCAAAGAGAGUGAAGAAAAGCUGGGAAAGGUUUUGGAUGUUUAUGAGGAGAGGCUUUCAAAGAGCAACUACUUGGCUGGAGAUUUCUUUAGCUUGGCUGACCUUAGCCACUUACCCUUCACCCAGUACUUGGUGGGUCCAAUAAAUAAGGAGUAUAUGAUUAGGAGUAGAAAGCAUGUGAGUGCUUGGUGGGAUCAGAUUAGCAGCAGGCCAUCUUGGAAGAAGGUCCUCCAACUUUAAGAUGAUGUCUUGAUCAAUGUUAAGGACUCCCCCCUCCCUUUCUAUGUUUGUUUUGUGUUUUGUUAUUGGGGUUUUAUGUUCUUUGUUUGGAUAAUUGCCUUGUUGUGUUUCUUUUCUUGUGGUGUUAAGUAUGGGAUCUUCAAGUAUAAUGUGUUGUAAUUGUCUUCAGACUUCAACUAUUAUGUAUGAAAUCCCUAAUUAGAGUUGUUUUC